AUGGCUUACCCUCAGACCUCGUUCAUUCAUACCUCCCUCACGCCAGACACUUUGCUUGGGCAGCGUCGGCAAGCUGUUUCAGUAAACACUUUACAGUACCAGCUCGAUGUACUCAAAAAGACUGGCCGCUACGACGCUUUCAAGUUGAAAUGGCACCCAGUCUACGACCGCGCCCCAGAGGUCUGGCCAAUUCCUGACCACCUUUUCUGGGACUCCGACGUUGCCAAGUGGAUCGAAGGUGCUUGCUAUUUCUUACAGCAGCAGUCGAUGCCAGCUAUUGCAAAGGCAGUCGACGAGUUGGUCGACAUGAUUCGAUCGGCCCAGCAGCCUGAUGGCUACCUUAAUAUUCACUAUACUGUCGUUGAUCCUGGGAAUCGCUUUACGAAUCUGAAGGACAUGCAUGAGCUAUACAACUGUGGACAUUUGAUUGAGGCUGCUCUAGCACACCAAGCGCUUUGCCGAAACGAUCAAUUACUGAGUCCUAUCUGUUCAUAUGUGGACCUCUUGUGCAAGAUCUUUGGACCUGGACCGGAUCAGACGCAUGGCUACCCUGGUCACCCUGAGAUUGAGCUUGCUCUUCUCCGACUCUACGACCGUACCAAGACUGAGCGUUAUUUGUCGCUAGCAAAAUACUUCAUCACAGAACGAGGCAAUGCGACUGGUUGUGACGGAAGACACUACUUCGAUGUUGAGGCGGAGAAGCGCGGAGCAGAUCCCAAUAUGAAGCCUGCCUUUUACCCUGAGCCUCGUUCUCUAUGGUAUCAUCAAGCGCACAAGCCCAUUGCUGAACAGACUACUAUCGAAGGUCAUUCUGUUCGUGCCAUGUACCUUUUGACAAGCGUUGCGGAUCUGUUACGUCUUGAGCAAAGCCACCAUGAUUUGGAAGCCGCAACGUACAGACUCUGGAACAACAUGGUCAACCAGAAGAUGUAUUCAACAGGAGGUAUAGGGGCAAUGAAACAGUGGGAAGGCUUUGGAUUGGAUUACUUUCUUCCGCAAGGAACAUCUGAAGGAGGUUGCUACUCCGAAACCUGCGCAGCAAUCGGUGUUAUGAUGCUGGCCCAGAGAAUGCUGCAAAUUGAUCUGGACCGGAAAUUCACCGACAUCAUGGAACUUUGCUUGUACAAUGCCGUCCUAACUGCAAUGUCUACGGAUGGCAAGAAAUUUACAUACAUCAAUCAGUUGGCGUCAAGCGACAAAGACCUUUCUCAGCGAGAUGAUUGGUUCACUGUAGCAUGCUGUCCGCCAAACAUGUUGCGCUUGCUAGGAACUAUUGGCGGAUACAUCUGGACUUACAACGCCAUGGCGGAAUACAGAUCUGCGCAUAUAGACGUACAUCUUUAUGUAGGCGCUAAGCUCACAUUCGACUGUGGCAGCGACAUUGUGGAACUCCAGCAGGAGACCAAUUGGCCUUCUUCGGGAGACGUCAAGUUCAGCUUGCGCUCCAAGUCAGCAAAAGUCGACAUUCGAUUGAGAAUUCCUGGUUGGGCAGAGUCUUGGAAGGGCUAUUUGAGGAUUCGCUCGAACUGGCUCGAAAAGAACCCGGACUUCACGCUUUCAAUACCACUCAAGCCUCGUUUGCUGCUGUCACAUCCCUUGACUAAUCAGAACACCCUGACAAUUGCUAGAGGACCUGUGGUAUACUGUGUUGAGGAUGUUGACAACGCUUGGGUCGACGAUCAUUUCGAGAGCGUUCUAUUGAGCGCAGAAUGCAAGAUCACGGAGGAAGAGGUGCAUGACCCAAAAUCAGGGAUUUCGUACGUCGCUCUCAACGUCACCAAAGGAGCUUCUAUCUUGGACACUGAAGCUUUCGAGGAGACACCGUUUUUGACCAACGACAAGUUGAGCAAAGGGAAACCACUACAAGAGCUGAAAUUCGUUCCAUACUACUCCAGAGCCAAUCGUGGUGGCAAAGGACAUAUGCGUGUAGGAUUGAAGAAGACUGAUUGA